AUGGACAACAAUCAGAGAUUGGUACCAAGCUCACCGGCACCGGGUCAUGGAUACUAUCAGCAGGGACCACAUCAGGUAUCAUUUUAUCACAAAAACGGUGUACUGUGAUGUACUAAUAACCAGGACCAAAGUCAAAUGCAUCAGCAAGAUGAGCGGACGACACCUCCGACGGCGUUCCAUUUCCCAGCUGCUCAUCAAGCACAGCCCGCACCUGCUAUGACCCAGCCUGGUCAGUUCCGUCUUCCAAAUCGGGUCCAUUUUCCAGUAAGAUUCAGCAUAGCUGCAGGGGUAAACACAAAAUGUUGCGAAAUAGAAGCCGAAUGAGCCUGGAUUUCACAAGUAUUUCAACAUUGAAUUCGUGAAAAAAAGAGUAGGCCUGCUAGUCAGAAUCGAACAUCUAUCCAACGAAAUCCACUGAACCUGAAAAUUGACUGAAAGUUCACGCCCGAUUGCACCCAUUCUCCCCUUUUCUUCCGUUACUCUCAAUUGACAAAUCCGAAAAAGACAGAUGGGAGAGGAAAAGGCGUCGUGCAGAAAUUGGUGCUCAUUAGAAAUGCAUUGAAUAUGUGCCGCUCUGUCCAAAAAUGAACGCGAUCUGUAAGAUGGCAUCAUGACGUUCCCGACCUCCUCCAUCUACUUCAUCAGUAACUGAUCGAUGAAGAGAAAGAAAAAGGUCGAAAGAAGAAACGAAUGAGGGAACCGGUUUUACAGAGAGACCGACACACAUAAUUUGACGAUUUUAUGGGUGAACAUGAGACAUUUUGUGUAUCGUUAAAAAGACAUCACGUUGAUUUUAUUCUAUUAAGAUCACUUUAAAUUUUGAGUCUACUGAAAGUUGAUACUAGCAGCCACACCAAAUGCGCGCAUAAUUGAUCCUUCUCUGACUUUAACUUGGAACUUUCAGGAUACCCAAUGCAAGCACACGUGCUAGUGGAUCCGCUCACCGGUCAGCACUACAUCGUGCCGCAGUACUACCCACCGCCCAUGUACCCGUAUCCUUCCGCACCGCCUCCGCACGCUGGCGCCGCAGCCGUUCCUCAGAUGUACUAUCCGUAUCAGCCGGCUCCAGCACAUCCGGCUGCUCCAAAAGCUCCCGUUCCACCGACAACCUCGUCUAAUAUCAGUUCAAGUAAUAAUUCUGGUGAGAUUGUCUUAACUCGGGCUUCGGGAAUGAGCUAAUUUCAGUUAACUAUUCGGGAAUGCCUGCGUACAAUAAUAUGGUGACGAGCAGCGAAGACAAAGACGCUUCUGAAGACACGAUGUCGACGACGUCGAACAUUUCGAGAAACUCGUUCACUUUGAUGCAGAAUCAGAAGCUACCGUCCCAACAACAGGGACAGUUCGGCCGGGAGAACAGCCGCGAGUACAUGUACCUGCACCGUUCGCCAACGUCAAACCACCCACGGAAUCCCUAUUGGUACUGAAAUUAAAACAGAACUCACUUAAGAGUAAUUAUGAGCAUUUCAGACGCGUCCCAAGUUCUACCAACAAAGAAUGGAAGUAAUGGACCCACGAGGAGGAACUCAAUCAGAUUUUGAGGGAAAAGCUCCGACGAUGAGGCAGAAGGAGCCCCCGACGUCUUCGGCUUCCGACCAUGAAUCCAGUAAACGGUUUUCGAGGACUUCGUUCGGAACACCUGCUGCUGCUCCGAACGACGAGGUCGUGAGAACUGUGAACCCACCUGCCAAGUCCGUUCGAAUGGAGAUCAACUUUGCGGAUGUGCCUUCGAUGCCAACUGAGCCCAAACGUAUGCGAACUUCUGAUCUGAAAAGUUAACUCUUUAUUCCUUCUUUUUAGCUGCCAAGAAGUCGAAUGCAACUGCAUUCACGGUGAAUUUGGGGGAGGAGAAGGAGGUGUCACUUCAAGAAGCCGCGCGGAAUCUGGCUGAGGUACACGGGAUCUUAGAUCAUGAAAAGUUCAAGUGGAAAUUCAGAAUCGUCGGAAGAUCAAACUGGCGAAGAGCACUUCGCACGAUCGAACGCCGUCGACACCAGAACCGUUGGCAGCGAGCAAAACGAACAAAAACUACCUGCUCGAGAGGCUUUUGACUGGAAAAUCAGUAGAAAGCACGGAAAAUAGCAACGAGGAGGAAGUGGAGGAGACGGCGGGGACGCCCGACGAGCACAGAGAUUUCGAUGCUCGCUCCGAGGCGCUCACGUUUGUGAUUGGUGAGCGAAACGGCCUAAUUGGAAGGGGGAUUAUAUAUCGGUAGCGUCUGCAUUUGCAGAGAAAAUAAAUGCAAGCGCUCUCACUUGGGCGUUAGCUGAAACCUAGAAAACGACCAAAACUGAAAUGUAUUUGGGUCUCGUGAAACUUGCGAAAUCGUUCUGAGAACGGCCGCAAACUAUCAAAUAAUAUCACAUCGAAAAGCCAUAAAUGUGAAAUGGAAAAACAAUUUCCCCUCGUUGUUUGCCUCGAUUUCUGAGAGACAAAUGUAUGCAAAAUGGCAGCGAAAUUCAAUUGGCAACCCAAUUUCAGACACGUCGAAACGAACUAACGCCGGAAUGUAUGGAGGACAAGCGCAUUUCCAGCAACAGCGCGUCGUGCAAUAUUCUGAUGACGACGAAGAUUCGGACAGUGACAGCGAGUACGAUAUGCUGUGAAAUGAGACGAUUAUUACACGUGGUUUUCUUUCAGAAUCAUGGAACAAUACACGGCUCCUGCUCCAGUCACUCAGCCGCUUUCCUCGCCCCGUCCGUCCGCUCUUCCUGCUCCGACAGUCUUCAGAGCGCCCGCAUUCACUCCCACGCAAGCUCCGCCUCCUCUGAUUUCCCCGAGAACUCCGUCGACGUCGACGUCUUCCACUCCACGCACAACAUCCAGAUUCGAUCGUUCUGGAGGCGGUGGAUCGGAUUUCCUUCAAGAGUUGGCCAAAUUGCGAAUGAUGGCCGGAUUGCCGGCGGCCGGACCGACCGGAAGUGAGGCCGAGCAGAAGGCGAUGAUGGCUGCUCAGCAGAGGCCGACGAGCACGUUCCGGAGGAGCGAAGUGAGCUCAUCGGCACGAGCUCCGACCGUCUCGUCGUCGCAGAAAAUGGUGCAGGGAAUCGGAGAUCGGGGAGGAUCGAGGGCUUCGUUCACCGGAAAGACCAACGAAAUAAACACCACGCCCACUCCGAGGUUGGUGCCAUUUUCAAAGUUUUCAGCUGAGAAUCGUUAAUUUUUUUUCAGUCGCCGCAGUGAGACGCGUCGUUCCCUGACCGGCAAUUCGUCUCCGCAACUCUCGAGUUUGGCCCGCCCGCCAUUCCGAACGGGAGCGCCACGCGGCAUAAUGAUCGGGCAGAGUGAGCAGCAAAGAGAACAGGAGAUGACCGCGUGGCUCCGCAGAAAAGACUACAAUCCGAUGAAAGCGGCCGCCGCUGGCAGGAAGCCGUCGAACAAUGAAGUGUCUCCCCGAGAGCAGCAGUUCACUUCCCGCCGUUCGAUGACUUUCCAUAACACGGACGAAGCGACGUCUCCGUUCGGAAGGUGUGCUUCCGGAAUCAUUCCGUCCCGUCCGCCUCCACGAAACCGAUCCCAAGAGCCGAGAGAUGUCAACAAUGAGAAAUAUCGGGCGGUGCAGAAGGAUCAGCGACUCAAACGAACCGUCGAUAUGCUCUCGCAGAAGUGCAAGAAGAGCAUUGAGCUGAUACGAAUUCAAAAUAAGGGAUGCUUGUCCGUUUCGGUCGAAGAUCUUCUGUCCGCCGCCGCAGAAGAGCCCCGUCCGAAUGAGACUCUUGACGAGCAACUCGACCGUCUCUCGGAUGCAUUUGACGCUGUUCAAAGGUAAAUAAAAAGAGAAUCCAUUUAAAGAACAAUUUAAUUUCAGGUAUUUGGAGCAAUACUCACUGGACGGAUACAACUCGCCGACUUCCGACGAUCGUUACUUCGACGACGACGUCCUCGAGGCCAAAUCCACGUUUUCGGGUGUCAGCACGCACCAAGAGCGGAACAACGUGGCGCCGUCGAGCGAGUCACUCACCAGCUCUUACCGCAAGAAAAUUCUCGAUUCAUAA